AUGGCUUUCGCUGGCGCAUCUCUCGUCGCCAACGGCAUGCUGUGCGCCUCCACCAAGUCGGCCGUCGACUCCGGCGCCGACAGCGGGUAUCACAUGCUAGUUGUCGAAGGCUACUCGCGCACUAAAGAGACAACUCCCAACGGCAAGUGGAUCGGGUCUCGUCCUUUCAUUGUUGGAGGCCGUCGCUGGACCAUCGACUACAGCCCUAAUGGCGAUAACUCGGAAGAUGAAGAAUUUAUAUCGGUUUUGCUUGUCCUUGACGACGACAUCAAGCAGAGCGUGAAGGUUCAGUAUGUCUUAAGUUUCAUCGACCAGCCUGAGUUGCGGGUGCCAAAGCACAUACGCCAAAGUGAACCAGUUUGCUUCUACAAACAAUGUGAUGUUCAUGGCCAGUUUAGAUUCAUGAAAAGGGAGAGCCAUUUUGGCGAUCUCCUCCUGAGCAAGGAGGGUGCUGACAUUACGUUUGAGGUUGGCGGCGACAAGUUUGCUGCACACCGGUGCGUGCUUGCAGCCCGAUCCGCCGUCUUCAAGGCACAGCUCUCUGGUGCCAAGGAUAAAUCGAGUGUCGUCAAGAUAAGCGACAUCAAAGCCGACGUCUUCGCGGGCUUGCUUACUUUCAUCUACACUGAUGCAGUGCCCGAAUUUGUUGACAUGGAAGCAGACGAUGACGAUGAUGAAGUUAUAUAUGCAACUCGGCUGCUGCAGUUCCUCGAAGCUGCGGAAAGAUAUGAUCUCCAGAGGCUCAAAUCGAUCUGUGAAGAGAAGUUGGCCGGUUUCAUAUGCGCAAAAACUGUGGCAGACAUCAUUGUCGUGGCUGAGCAGAGACAGUGCUGUGGGUUGAAGAAGGCCUGCUUGGAGUUCAUCAAAGCCGACCCAAGUUUACACGCAGCUUUCGCGGCUGGUGGCCUGGGGCAGAUAACCGGGACCCGUAGUCCCUCCCUUCUCAAGCGGCUGCUCUCCAAGUUCGGUUUGCUGAAACUCUAA